UAAAGAAGAAGAACUUGCAGGAAAAGGAAGGACCCACUGACCAGCCUGACCAGCAAAGUUAAGCGUCGCCCUGCAGUCAUGGCCUUUUUGUGCAGAAGCGCAGCUUUGCUCCUGAAGUCCUCCAGAGCAGCGCCGGCUCUGCUGUCGGCUGGCCGCCUCUACAGCUCAGGGGCUCAGUACGAGUACAUUUUGGUGGAGAAGCGAGGUGACAAGAACAACGUUGGCUUCAUCCAGCUGAACCGACCCAAGGCUCUAAACGCCCUCUGCGACGGUCUGAUGAAGGAGGUGGGGCAGGCACUGGACGCCUUUGAAGCCGACGCAGACGUCGGAGCCGUCGUCAUCACCGGCAGCGACAGAGCCUUUGCUGCCGGAGCGGACAUCAAAGAGAUGCAGAAUCGAACCUUUCAGGAAUGUUACGGCGGGAACUUUCUGGCUCAUUGGAACAGGGUGUCCACAGUGAGGAAGCCUGUAAUCGCUGCUGUUAAUGGAUUUGCUCUGGGUGGAGGCUGCGAGCUGGCCAUGAUGUGCGACAUCAUCUAUGCUGGCGAGAAGGCGCAGUUUGGCCAACCAGAAAUCCUGCUGGGGACCAUUCCUGGAGCGGGUGGCACCCAGCGCCUGACUCGUGCUGUUGGCAAAUCCCUGGCAAUGGAAAUGGUCCUAACGGGCGACAAGAUUAAUGCUGAGGAGGCCAAACAGUCAGGUUUGGUGAGUAAGAUUUAUCCCGUGGACCAGCUCGUAUCUGAGGCUGUUAAAUGUGGGGAGAAAAUCGCAGCCAAUUCCAAACUGGUCAGCGCCAUGGCUAAAGAAGCUGUAAAUGCAGCCUUUGAACUGACUUUGGCUGAAGGGAAUCGUUUGGAAAAGCGUUUGUUUCAUGCUACCUUUGCGACGGAUGACCGUAAGGAAGGCAUGACUGCGUUUGUGGAGAAGAGAAAAGCUAAUUUCCAGGACCAUUAGAUAAAAAGCUCAACAUCACGAGGUUCCUGCAGACGAUUGUUCGCUCCCUCAUUGAUGAUGCAUUGUGUGGUGCGAAGAUCCUGACUGGUGUGGAGCAAAUAAUGAGGUUUAGCUCAAAGGUGUCCCAUCGUAGCUUGCUGGGGUCAAGUGUUCAAAAUAAAAUACUGUGUUGGAUCAGAAUGUGAUGGUGAUUCGAUGACUGUUUUGUAGUGUACAGGAAGGAUGAAGCUGGAUGACAAAUUAGUACUAAUUUUGCCUUUUUAUUUUGUCAGAUCUUUGUAUCAGUGUAUUCUGUGUGCAUUUGCAAAUAAAGCUAUAAAGAAUGAUUUUUAACACUAAAA